CGCAGGGCAGAGCCGGCGGAGGCGGCGGGCGCGGAUGGCAGGAGGCGGCAGCGCGGAUCGGGGCACCGCCGGCUGGAGGUUGCACAGUGCAAGCCUGUGAAACACCUCAGGGAAGAAGCCGCCUCCAAUGGCAUCUGUCUGGUUUGGAAUCUGCUUGGUUUGAAAGUACCUGGGAAUUUCUCCCCAUAUUUGCCUGUUCUGGUGUCAAUCAGAGGACAAUGAAUUGGUUUUGGGUUUUGCAUAUUUUCAUACUGCCCAACAGUUUCUUUUGCUCCUCACUUUGUUUAAUUGGAAAAACUUGAGCCCCUUGUAUAGCUCAUUCUUUGCCACAUUCCUCUUGCUGAGCCACAUCCACAGUGCAUCUAUUUUUGUGUCUUGGUUGUGUGUUUUUUUCCCCUUUAUGUGACAUAUGUCAAUUUCUGAGUGCUUUUACCUGUUCUGGUUUGAACCUGUCCUUUUGUGUUGGGAGAAUCACUUAAUAAUUCCAGACUCACAGAAGAUGACUCAUAUGCUUCAGAAACAUUUUUAUGGCUGUGCUUGGCUCAUUAUUCCAGGAGUUUAAGGGUAGUAAUAUGAGGUAUUGCAUUAAUUGUUGCAUCCAUUUGUUACCAAAUGACUUGCACAGACAGUGUUUCAGAUGCUGUGGACCUAAUCAUCAUAACCACAAGUGUCCUGUCUGCAAAGGAGAGAACAGGAUCCCUCUGUACACCGAUAGCAAGCAGAUGAAGCUGCUUGCAGUGUUGGAAGUAAGGACUGAUCACAGGGAAAGCUGGAAUGGAUUUUUCUGCCUGAGGAAGGGGAAGCUAUGCAGCUUAAUAUUUGGGCUGAUUAUAAUGACUCUAGUGAUGGCAUCCUACAUACUGACUGGGGCCAAGCGUGGCCUGUUGUUAAUACCAUCUCCCUUCCAUUACGGCACUUUUGCUAGCAAUCCCAGCUUAAUGGACAAUGAAAGCCUUAGUGACAUGAAAGACCAUUACCAGCCUUCUAAAAUGAAUGUUUCAUAUGUGAAGGAUUAUCCCAGCAUUAAAUUAAUUAUUGACACUAUUACUUCAAAGAUUGAGUUCAUGACAAGACAGCGCCCUGAUUUGGAAGAGCUGAGGAAACAGGAGCCACAUAUGUUUUCAGUCAUUCCUACUAAAUUCCUUCCAAACAGCAAGAAUCCUUGCUGGUAUGCAGAGUACAGAGGGAACACCACCACAGACCCUUACGCAACCAACUCCUAUGCACUGUAUUCCAAGCGCUUUCGGCUGAUAUUCGAUUACCUCAGGAAGGUGUUCUGGAACCACCUGUACCACUACAAGGGCAGGCACUACCGCCUGCGCUGCCUGCCACACUUCUACAUCAUUGGCCAGCCCAAGUGUGGCACCACAGACCUCUAUGACCGCCUCAGGCUGCACCCCGAGGUUCGCUUCUCGGCCAGCAAGGAGCCGCACUGGUGGACGCGGAAACGGUUUGGGAUCAUUCGCCUGAGGGAUGGGUUCCACGAUCGCUACCCCGUGGAGGAUUACCUGGAUCUGUUUGACUUAGCAGCGCACCAGAUCCAGGGGGUGCUGCAGAGCGAAGCGGCCAAGGAGCACGGCGCCGUCAGCAACAUCAUCAUCGGGGAGGCCAGUGCCUCGACCAUGUGGGACAACAACGCUUGGAUUUUUUUUUAUGACAACAGCACUGAAGGAGAACCUCCCUUCUUAAUCCAGGAUUUCAUCCAUGCCUUCCAGCCAAAUGCCAAACUCAUCAUCAUGCUGAGAGACCCUGUUGAAAGGCUGUACUCCGAUUAUCUCUACUUUGCAAGUGCCAACAAGUCUGCAGAAGACUUUCACGAGAAGGUGUCGGAGUCCCUGCAGCUGUUUGAAAGCUGCGUGCUGGAUUCCUCCCUGCGAGCCUGCGUCUACAACAACAGCCUCAACAACGCCAUGCCCGUGAGGCUCCAGGUGGGACUCUAUGUUGUGUAUCUUUUGGACUGGCUCACAGUGUUUGACAAAGAUCAGAUCCUUGUUCUUCGCUUGGAGGACCACGCUUCAAACAUGAGGUACACCAUGCAGAUGGUGUUCCAGUUCUUGGAUCUGGGACCGCUGAGCGAGAAGCAAGAAGCUCUGAUCACAAAGAGUCCUGCAUCCAACACCAGGCGACCCGAAGACAGGAACCUGGGACCUAUGCUGCCGACAACCAAGGCGAUCCUAAGAGAUUUCUACAGGCCUUUUAAUACAAAACUGGCACAAGUUCUUUUUGAUGAUGCUUUUUUAUGGAAGAGGACCUGAGCUGUACCUUUCUUGUCACAAAUACAGUGCUCAAAGGAGGUUUUAUUUUUUUAAAUUCUAUUUUUGUGCGUGGAUAUUUACAUUUCCCAGCCCAAAGAGGAGCCGAGCCGAGCGGGGAGCCGAGCCUCUCGCCUGCGG